AUCCCUUUUCUCUGUCUCUCACUCUCUCCGUCGCCCUCCCCUCUCUCUCUCUCCUCUCAACCGCCGCAAGCGGCGGAGACAAACAUCGCUCCGGCGAAUCUUAAAUCCAGAUCCGCCGUCCACGCCCCAGAUUUAAAAUUUUCCGAUUUUCCAAUCUCCCCCUCCCUCUACUGUUCAUUUGCAUUUUUCUCGGAAAUUCAUAAAUUCUCCGCCUCAUUAUUAUUAAUAAAAUCAAACUCCUUUUAUUUUUGCCCUUUCAAUAUUUUUCUCAAGUCAAAAUGCACAAUUUUUUUUUAUAGCCCUCCCUCUACUUUACUUUUGAUUUUUAACCUUUUCUGCUUUUUCACUCUCUGUUAAACCGUUUUUGCCGUUUAAUUUCAAUCCAAUUAAAUUGUCUUUGUAGUUUUCACCACAAUCUGACGCUUCUACCCUUUAGCUGACGUGGCACUCUAUUAAAAAUAGACGGUCAGGAUGAGUAGUUACCCCGCGCGAAGAAUAUUGACACCUGGGGCCUCACGCAAGCGGAAAGAGACGGAAGCGGCGUUAGUUCCACUAACGUCCGUCAGCCGCGCCGUUAGUGGGGCAACGACGUCGUCUAAGGGAUCCGAGCCGCAGCCGGUGGCGUCGAACCGGCUCUUAGCCGGGUACAUGGCGUACGAGUUCCUGACCAAAGGAACGCUCUUCGGGCAGAAGUUCGACCCGGGGCGGGCGGAGGCGAUGCCGGUGAACGUGGCGGAGCCGAAGAGGAACAGGCAUGGGAAGGAAGCCGAGCCGAUGGUGAAGCCGAAGCCGGAGAGUUAUGCUGAGGUGGCAAAUAUAAUUAGAAGCGAUGCGGUCCACAUACAGGGAGUAGUCAACCCCACGCAAUUAGCUCGGUGGAUUCAAAUGUAGAUUUUCACGGACACGUGGAAGCAUCUGGCUGCGCGGUCCACGUGAUCUCUUGUAGAAUUCCCUGCUGUGCCGUAUGAAACGGCGACGUAUGUAUGUACGCGGAGCUUGAAUUCUCUCUUUUCGUACUGCAAUAUUAUAUCAAACGCAUCUCCUCUUUUCAUUUCGAA